CAUCAGUGACCCUAUGAACACUCGAAAUAUAUAAGAGUCGGCGACGCGCACACCUGCUUCAAUAGCCAACCACAACCUUCAGUACCUCACCUCAGCGACUCACCAAAGUUUAAGCCCUUGCAGUGCCUUGGUGGUCCACAUAAACACCCAGACGAUGCUGCUGACGCGCCUGUGCCUGUUGUCCUACCGCUGGCUCGCCGCGGCUCUAGCCAUCCUCCUCCUCACCUCCUCCACCGUCACCCUCGCUCACAGCACAACUGUUGAGCACGACUUCCACAUCGUGCACAAUGUCGACAACAGAAGUCCAGAGAUAGACCCCUUCUGGUACGUGGGCCGAGGGGUCCGUCCCAUCGGGCGCUUCGGGAAGCGGCACAGCGGCUUGGUGUCGCUGGCCGGCCGCUCCCUGGAGCCCGUGCUCAGCUCCCUGGAGCUCCUCCUCAACACGCUACGCAACAAGGAGGACUCUGGGAAAUCACGCAUGGAGCAGGGCCGGGAUUGGCUCCCUUGACGGCCCGCCCACUAAGGACUUCUACCCUUCACCCCAAACCACCUCCAUUUGUUUCAUGUCUUACGUUUGAUAUAUUUGGGUUAUUUAUCUCCAUUCUGUAGAUUCAUCUGUGCUUAUUGUCUCCGCCCGACCCUGUUGGUUGUUUGUGAAAAGCAUUUAUUUGUAGCUGUAAACGCGUAAACGUUACUGUAAUCUGUAAUCACAAAAUGCUGAAUCUGUUGAUUAUUAAAUAACAUUAUGCUAUCA